GGACUGCGGUACCGGGGGCUGAGGUGGGUCCCGGGCAGCUGCCGCCAGGCCCCCCGUCCGGCCCCCGGGACCGGCCGCCGCCAUGGGCGGGGAGGACGAGAUCGUGCGCAUCGCCAGGCGGCUGGACAAGAUGGUGGCCAAGAAGAGCGCGGUUUUCAACGACAUUGUUGAAAUAGGAAAGGAGCAACUUUGCAGAAUUUACUUCCAAGCUUCAUUGAGAAAGAGGCAGCUUCUUAAAUGAGCGGAUGGUUGCCUGGAGUACCUGUUUGUUCCUCUAGUUUUUGUGUGGAUCCUCAUUUGCUGCCGUUGUGCCAAGUGGCUCCGUUUCUGUAGAGAGAGACAGGAAUCACCGGGUCAUUUUGUAUGUUAAGGGCCAGAUUUAAUGGAGUCGUUUGGAGUUGGAGGAACGGGAAAGGUGUGAAACUGCCUGAGGGGGAAGUCACUCGUUCUGGGAUGGUGCAAUGGAUUUACUGAAAGAGCUGAAAACCAUGCCUAUGACUCUGGACUUACUGCAGUCCACCCGCAUUGGGAUGUCAGUGAACGCGCUGAGGAAGCAGAGCACAGAUGAAGAAGUGAUAUCACUUGCCAAAUCCCUCAUCAAAUCUUGGAAGAAACUUCUAGAUGCUUCUGAGGAGAAAAGUGAGGAGAAAAAGAAAAGCCUGUCCUUGCCAACAUCUUCCUCCAAGGAGGCUGGUAACUCGAGAGACCAAAGUUCCAACAAAAGGCAGGAGCCUCCGAAGACUCCCACCACCCCCAAAAUCACCACAUUCCCGCCGGCGCCCGUCACCUGCGAUGCUGUUCGCAACAAGUGCAGGGAGAUGCUGACAGCAGCUCUGCAGGCUGAUGAUGACUACAUUGCCAUUGGUGCUGACUGUGAGCACAUAGCAGCCCAGAUUGAAGAAUGCAUAUACCAGGAUGUCAAGAACACCGACAUGAAAUACAAAAACCGGGUGAGGAGCCGCAUCUCCAACCUGAAGGACUCCAAAAACCCUGAGCUGAAGAAGAACGUGCUCUGUGGGGCCAUCACCCCUGAGCAGAUCGCCGUGAUGACCUCGGAGGAAAUGGCCAGUAAUGAGCUGAAAGAGAUCAGGAAAGCCAUGACAAAAGAAGCAAUCCGGGAGCAUCAGAUGGCCAAGACAGGAGGGACACAGACUGACCUCUUCACCUGUGGGAAAUGCAAGAAGAAGAACUGCACCUACACCCAGGUGCAGACCCGCAGCUCCGAUGAGCCCAUGACCACCUUCGUCGUCUGCAACGAGUGUGGGAAUCGCUGGAAGGUAGCACACCAAGGAUAUUACUGGCACUGAGGGGUCUUGGGGUAGCUGCACCCACCAUGCUGCUGAGCUGCUGCCCUCAGAGCUGCUUGCAAACACUGACUGCCUCUAGCAAGUGAUCUUUCCUCCCAGCACAGAGGCAGGAGCUCCUGGGUUCAUCCCACCUUUGCAGACCAGCUUGGGGUCAAGUCUCACUUUUGCAUUCCCUGCCUCCCUCCUCACAUACCCUCUUCUGCCAUGACCAACUUCACUGUGCUUUCCAUCCUCCCUCUGUCACCCCUCAGCCCCAAGAGAUGGUGGUGAUGACAUCCUGCAGGAUUUGAAGCCAGCUCUUUCCAUGCUGUGCACUGAGCUGGGGGUGAGCAGAGAUCUCUGGUCAGUGGUGAGCAGCAAUGGCACCAUUACCCAGUGCCACAGAGCCACAUCCAAGAGAUUCAAAGGGGAGCUCUGCUUGGCCCCUGCUCCAGGAGCUGAGCCCUGUCUCUGUGGGACCCCCAGGCCCUUGCCAGCUUCAGGAACAAGACCUGGAUUCCUGUCUUCUUCUAGGCCAGCACGUGCAUGACCUGCAGGCUCCCCUGGGCAAUUUUUUCUAAUCGGGGUUUGACCUCCCUUCUCUUGCAGUUCUGCUGACCUGUGCCAUGGCCACGAGCGGCAGCCAAAUGCAGAGCAGAGCACAGAGCACACCCUCCCUACGCCAGCAAUUGUCUUAAUUGUGUCCCGAGUGAGUUGCCAUUGUCACCUUCUGAGAGAGCAGUGCCCUCGGGCCCCGGGGCAGAGCCAGGGCCAAGGGCUGGCAGGUUGGCAGGAGAGCUCACUAAACACACUUUUAGUCGUUUAUUUUUCUCAUCUAAGCAAGUACGGUCACUUUUUCUUUUAAACUAAUUAAAUGUGUUUUGGGUUUUUUUGGUCA